AUGUCAAACCGAGUUUGCAUGAAAAAGUGGUUGUUGACACCAAUGGGUGUGAAGUUUGUGAGCAGACUGGAACACUCAACUCAUUUUUCCAUGUGUGUUCGAUCCAAAACAACGUCUGCUCAGUAUGUAGCAUCGAGAUUUCGAGACCCCACGUUUGAGAAACACAUGGACAACUACAAGAACCUUGUCAAGGUCAUUUACGUUCAAGACCUCAUCCUUGCAAACCCAAAAAACCCAUCAGUCUCCAUUGAUUUCCUGUCCAAGCUCUCCCAGAAGCUCCACCUAAACCGCGGAGCCAUUGCAUUCCUGCGCAAGUUUCCUCACAUCUUCCACAUUUACUAUGAUCAUUCCAAGUUGAAGCCCUUUUGCAGGUUAACUGACGCUGCUCUUGGUAUUACACGGCUGGAAGCGGAGGCCAUCAAUUCUUCUUUGCCUGUUGUUGUUGAAAGACUUGUUCGGAUACUGUCCAUGUCUGCAUCCAGAAUGGUGCCUCUUAGAGCUGUUUUUAAGGUUUGGAAGGAGCUUGGGCUGCCUGAUGACUUCGAGGACUCAGUUAUAUAUGCUAAUUCUGGUGUUUUUCAACUGUCUGAUGCGCAUGAACAGAAUACUCAUUUGUUGAAGCUGGUUGGUGGUGUUUCCAGCAAUGGCUUUAGGGCGGCUGUCGAGGAUUGGAGGGUUGUUGAGUGCUGCAAGGAGGACUGCAGUGUUGAUAGGAUGGAAAUGCAGUUCAGUUUCAGACAUGGGUAUCCUCCGGGAAUGAGGUUGAGCAAGAAUUUCAAGGCCAAGGUGAAAGAGUGGCAGAAGUUACCAUAUGUGGGGCCUUAUGAAGUGCUGGGUGAGAAGAAGUCUAAGGCUGGAAUGAUGGCCAUGGAGAAGCGAGCAGUGUCGAUUGUUCAUGAGUUCCUGAGUUUGACAGUGGAGAAGAUGGUGGAAGUUGAGAAGAUCAGCCAGUUUAGGAAAUGGUUUGGGAUUGAUUUAAAUAUAAGGGAUCUCUUCUUGGACCACCCAGGGAUCUUCUAUUUGUCAACUAAGGGUAAAAGACAUACUGUUUUCCUGAGGGAAGCUUAUGAACGAGGGCGUUUGGUAGAACCAAAUCCUGUCUAUGAUGCAAGAAGACGGCUACUUGAUCUUGUUGUUUUAGGACGUCGGGGUCUGCCAGCUGUUAAUUCAAAGUUGCAGGAUUCAAGCAGCUGCAAUGAGGUUAGGCGGGAGGAAAACCCGAAAAGACAUGAUUUGUCACCAUCUUGA